AUCAGGUUAUUUGUUGAUCAGUUUUGCUAUGAACAUAGAAGUAUACCUUUUCACACUGGUUCAGUAUAUGAUGAUGAUGUCCCACUAAAAGCAACUGUUCAUUUUAUUACACUGGGGAAGAAGGUGAUUUGGCAAAAAAUUGUUUUCUUUCUAAACUGUUGACUGUCUGGGGAAUACCUUUUUCCUUGUUUCUCUGAUGGUAGCCUUAACAGUCUUCUGAUUGGGUAUAAGAAGAAAAUUUGACCGGGUGAUGUUAUGUACAAGUUAAUAACAUCUCUUACUUCCUCCUUCCACCAAACUACCCUUUUUCUUGAAUAGUUUUACACCAAUUUUAUAAAUACAAGGCAUGUUAUUUGGAUAAUGAUGCCAAGGUAACUACAGCAAAAUUGAUGAGUGUCUGGAUAGAAACAUUGAAUUUAUACCAGUGCUACCUCUUUCUGAUUUAGAUUCAUUUGAGUGCCCUUAGUAUAUUUAGGUGUUUUAAAUACCAUAACAGUGUCCUGAAUUUUUUUUAUACAGAGUAGGUUCAUAUUCCUUCAGUCAAAAUGUGCUAAAAGCGUUUUGUCUAAUUUUCUUUCAAUGCAUGGAGAACAGUAGACUAGCCUCAGAGAAACUGAGAAUAGUUAUUCUUCAGACUUAAGUGACAAAUUUCACACUUUUCCUUGAGAAAAGUGCAGGAAGUUUUUUUCCCCAAUUAUUUUUGGCUUACUUUAAAAUUUGUUUUAUAUUUUAUUAUCUAGUAAGAAUAUAGUGUCUUAAAUUCUGAAAAUCAUUUUAGUACCUUUUCUUGCCUUACCACAGUGAAGGCCAGAAGACACAGAUGAUGUUUGUUCUCUGUACCAGGAUUUGACAGUAGACGAAAGUUAGAACAGUUGCCAUUUUGGCCAGCUUUGGCAUAAUCACACCAUGUUUUCCUACCAGUCAGUCAAAUACAAGUUGGAGGGAUAAAAGUGAGGUUUUACAUUUCUCUAGAAGUUCCCAGAUUAAAGCUUCUGUUUGAAUAUCAUGAGAAGGUGCUUGGUUAGAGUUUUCAAAGGAGGUUAUAACCUUUGAAGGAGCUAUUUAUAGCCUGAGAAAUUAUUUUAUUUCAACUUAAAGAAUAAGGUCUUUAUAUUAAUUAUGUGUUCAAAUAGGAGGGAGACAUUCUCAGCUGUAGAAUUUUUGCUGAGGAAAUGUAAAUGGCAAUAAUAUCAAGUACCGCUUUUAAGUGUUUAGCCCCAAAGAAAAGAUAAAUGCUGGAAUUGCUGUAAUAUUUCAGAUCACAAUACCAGUGAAAUCACUGCAUUUGUAUUGAGUGGUAACACCUGUUGUUGCGCAUUUUUCCAGUUACAGUCAUGUGUCACUUAAUGAUGGAAAUAUGUGUUGAGAAAUGGUUGUGUGAACAUCAUAGAGUGCACUUACACAAACUUAGAUGGUAUAGCCUACUACAUACCUAGGCUAUAUGUACUGAUCUUACAUGACCACCAUUGUAUAUGCAAUCCGUUGUUGACCAAAACAUUGUUAUGCGGCACUGAGAACCUUCUGUGUUUGGUCACUGGAACGUUGCCAUGGUCACAUUCUGUGUUGAGCGUGGCAUAGUGAACUGUAGCAUCAGUGGCAAGCCAGGACGCCCAGGCUUGGAGCUAGGCUAUCUGAGAAGUCUGUAGUGUGUUGAAACUACACUUGACAUGGACCCGAAGGCUCUGAAGAAACUGGUGGAAUCCAUCAGUAAUACUGUCAAGAGCUUCAAAAAAAGUGAAGUAGAGUGUCUCAUAAGACUUUUUCACAGCUUGGUGGAAAGAGCUGAUGUAAGACAUGAUAACGUUGGACUAGAUCGUAACGCAUUUCGAAGGAUCCUGCACAGCAUAUUUGGAAUGACUGAUGAUAUGCUAAUGAAUAGAGUAUUUUUUGCAUUUGACAAAGACAACGAUAACUGCAUAAAUGUAAAAGAAUGGGUUAAAGGAUUAUCAGUUUUUCUUCGAGGGACUUUUGAAGAAAAGCUGAAGUUUUGUUUUGAAGUUUAUUAUCUGAAUGGUGAUGGUUACAUUUCUCGAGAGGAAAUAUUUGACAUGUUGAAGAACAGUCUACACCAAGCGUCAACUGAAGAAGAGACUGAUGAAGGAAUAAAAGAGUUAGUAGAUAUAACACUGAAGAAAAUGGAUUAUGACAAUGAUGGCAAGAUAUCUUUUGCAGACUUUGAAAAAGCAGUCAGAGAAGAGAGACUUUUAUUGGAGGUGUUUGGACCAUGUUUACCAGAAGCACAGAAUUGUCUUGAUUUUGAAGCCCUGGCAUUCAAACACAUCCUGACUUCUGGUUUUUGAAUGUGAAUCACUCAAUA